AUGAACACCUUCAAGGUAAACGAUCCCGUCUGGGUACAUUUCCCGUUCCGGAAAAUAGGUCAAUCGGACAAGCUACAGGGCCCCUACUUCGGACCUUUCAAAAUAAUGAGACGGAAGGGACCAGAAACAUUUAUCGUGGAACCCGAGCCUCACGCAACACUGCCAGGACCCCGUACGAAAGCGCAAGUCGUACACUCGACUAGACUGAAAAUGGUUCAGCGGCCAGCGCCUGCAACCCGACACGGGGGAGUAUCGGAUCCAGCACCUGAACCAGCUCCCGAUCCACCUGAACCAGCUCCCGAUCCACCUGAACCAGCUUCCAAUCUACUCGAUAUAACGUCCGACCCGGCAGCUGAUCAAGCCGAGGACACAGCCAUCGAUCCGCAGAACGACCCUACAGAUGGAGCGCCAAUCGAAGACGAGGCGACAGUCUCGUCACCUAGAUACCCCAGUAGAACAAGGAAAGCGCCACAACGCUUCGCGGAUCCAUUUUAG